AGAACAAUAAUCGACCAAUCAUUUUACGAGCUUGUUUACUUCUCGAGAAAUGUUAUAGCUUGUAAUAGACUGUGUAUUACCUAUAGUUUUUAAUUGAUUAUAAGGUUACUGUGAACUUUUUAUUCAUCGGAAUACGAUAUUAUGGAACUUAAGUACAUACUGAAGUGAUUGUCAUGGAUGAAUUAAAGAAACAACGGAAUCGAUAUGGUUUUUUCAUUGGAUUCACUACUCAUCCGACAGCCUAAACAAUACGGCAAGGGUUCAAGGCUAAGUUCUUCUAAAUGUGAACAAACAACGUUGGAUUUACGAUAAAUUCUUUUGUGAUUAAUUAGAGUACAUGUGAUUUUGUGAUUUGAAAAUGUGAUUUUAUACAGUUUUUCCCUAUUUAUUUAUUUUUUUUUUUUUACCGGAAAUUCCUUUUCAUUCGGUAUGAAUGAACGUUUACAGAUCAUACAGUCAAUGUUUGUUUAUGACCAGCCUGGGGAUUUUUAUAGUUUGCUACGCACCGCGACAAGAGUCUCGUUUGGAUAUACAUUUUUUUAGACCCAUUGUUGUUUGGUCCACACUUGUUUAUUGACAUAUUUGAUAUAAGUGAGGUAUUUGCAGAGAAAAAGGCUGUCAAAAUAUAACAAUUCGCCUAAUAAUAUUCAUUUUCCUCUGUCACUCUCAGCACUCAUGUGACAUUAUUUUUGAAAUGAGCUAAAAUUUAAUAUGGUAAAACUUCAGCAAACAGCAUGUUUUUUGAUGUUGGUCACUCUGGGUGUGUGUGUGGAGGGGGCAAGAUAUGCAAGACCCAUGGACAAGAAAACUACCAAAUACCCCAACCCAAAUGGGAAAGGUAUGAUAUGCGAAGAUGUUGAUAUUCGUAAUGACGUGAAUGGAUUUGCUGAGUUAGAAAACUGUACUGUGAUCGAGGGAAACCUGAAAAUUCUUCUUAUUGAAGGGGCUUCACACCAACAGUAUGAAAAUCUCUACUUCCCUGACCUGGUGGAGAUUACAGAAUUCUUUCUCUUGUAUCGCGUCUAUGGAUUAAAGAGUUUGAGAAAUAUAUUUCCCAACUUGUCCAUCAUUCGUGGACACAAGCUUUUCUUCAACUUUGCUUUGGUGGUGUUUGAGUUGAUGGACUUGGAGGAGCUGGGUUUGAUUGGCUUGACUACCAUAGAACGAGGUGCAGUUAGGUUUGAAAAGAACCCUAUGCUAUGUUACAUUGAUACCAUCGAUUGGACCAAAAUCGCUGUAGGUGUUCAGGGAAUGGGUGAACAUUAUUUCAAAAGGAACAGAAUUGCUAAGGAGUGUGUAGACGUGUGUCCAAGUGGAUGUGCCAGUACUCCGAUAAUCGCAGCCUCCGGGGAGGUCGGCAAGGAUCAGAAGAGAUGCUGGACCAGAUCACACUGCCAAAAGAUGCUCAGUUGCGAUAGGGAAUGUAAAAAUCAUAAAAAUGGUCAAAGAGGCAUCUGUGACAAUGGAAUAUGUUGUCAUGCCAACUGCAUUGGAGGCUGUACAGGUGAAUCCGACCGUGACUGUAAAGUCUGCAAAAAUGUUGUCAGCAUGAUCGAUGGACAGAGCAUCUGCCAGGACCAGUGUCUCCCAGGAACCUACACAUUACGAAAAAGAAGAUGUCUGCUUGAGGAUGAGUGUACAAAUAUUAUUGGGUAUAAACUAGUUCGGAGCAAUCAGACGAAGCUUCCCGGGGAGUGUGUGGACAAAUGUCUGGCCGGCUACCUUGAAUCUGAUGAUGGGAAAACGUGUAUCAAGUGUGCUGACAAGUGUCCGAAAAGUUGUAAUGGGAAAAAGCUGGAGACAGUUGCACAAUCACAAGAAUUAUUUGGUUGUACCAUCAUAGUUAACCAUUUAGAGAUAAGGAUUCGGAAAGGAAGUAAUGUUGCGCAGGAGCUGGAGAAGAACCUGGGCCAGAUUGAGGAAGUCCAAGGCUAUAUUUGGAUCCACAACUCCAACACACUUCUAUCUCUGGGUUUCUUCAAGAACCUUCGAAAGAUUCAUGGUCAAACUUCAAACAGAAAUAGUUUUGCCCUUCUUGUUCAUGACAACAUGAACCUUCAAGAAAUGUUUCCAGAGAAUGUCAUGAACAACUUGGAAAUUGAAAAUGGCAACAUGAUAUUCCACUACAAUCGCAAACUAUGCUACCACAAGAUCAAAGAAUUUGAAGACAAAGUCAAAAUGAAAAACAAGAGCAGGAAUGAUAUUUCCAAGAGCACCAACGGGGACCAAAUGCCAUGCACAGUGAUGGCUCUGAACCUGACCGUAGUUAAAAUAGCAGCACGGAUUGCUUUCCUUCGCUGGGAUAACUUCAAAACUUCUGAUCCACGGCAAUUACUAAGCUAUGUUAUCAACUGGAAGGAAGCACCAUUCAAAAAUCUUUCAAUCUAUGAAGGCAGAGAUGCUUGUGAUGAUGAUGUGUGGAAUACAAAAGAUAUCCUGAACAAGAUGGAGAGAGAUGAGGAUCAUGUGACUUCGCUGUUGCUGAAUCUGAAGCCGUGGACGCAGUACGCAGUAUACGUACAGACUUACACCACAUCCUCAGCCAAAUUCGGAGCCAUCAGCAAUAUUGUCUACUUCACUACCCUUCCAUACUAUCCUACCAUACCAGACAAGUUACGAGUGAAGGCUUUAGCACCAGGGACCCUCAAAAUUAUGUGGAACCCGCCCUCCAACCCCCACGGCAAUGUUACACAUUAUGAGGUGUACUGGAGAAAGCGCCCCCUGGUGCAUGAAAAAUUUAAUGAACGAAACUACUGCACAGAGCCACUAGACAAAUCAAGGGCACAGUCAGAUGAUCUGUAUGAUGAGGAAGAUGAAUUUGAACAAGGUCGGGACAUGAGUAGAGAUUACAACAACAAAACAAUUCAAGGAGAAUGUGCGUGUCCAAAAUCUAAUGAGGAGGAGGAGGAGGAAAGGAAGGAAAGAGAGAUGCAGAUUGCUUUUGAGAACUUCUUGCAUAACUAUGUCUACCUCAAGAGGCACAAACAAGAUGGGGCAGAUUACGGGCCCGGUCCCCCUAAAGGAAUGCCGGAAAUACCCACAGAUUUACCCACAACAUCAAUGGACAGUAAAAGAGCAGAGAUGUUGUUUAAAAAUAAUCGCAAGAUUGGUAACAUCACCCUCUCCACUAAAUUGCCAAAGGGACCAAGUGCCAAAUUCCGAAAACCAAGAGCAGCUCGGUACAGUCGUGAGGCGUCCAUGCAGUAUAACUCCACCGCUCCGGGCGACCUAAAGGUUAAUCCGAAUGAUCCAUUUGAAAAUGAGACCAAGUCUGAGAACGAAACAGAGAAAGACCUGCCCUUCAAUAAAGUUAUUGUGCAGACACCAUCACAGAGGAAGGACAUGAGUUACAUCAUCAGCAACCUUCAACAUUACCAGGACUAUAGAAUAGAGGUAAUAGCUUGUCAGGAAAGAGACCCACGAGAUCCUGCCAAAAUUAAGCUGUGCAGUAUCCGGGCCAUAUCACUGUCACGGACUCUACCAGACAAAACUGCAGACAACAUAGCACUCAGCUCAGUUAAGAUAUACAAAAUGAGCAACGCCACCUCUAGGGAUGUCAUUAUUUACUGGGAUGAACCUAAAAACCCCAAUGGACUCAUCCUGAACUUUGACGUUCGAUACAGCAAAGUUUUAAAAGAUUAUAAACCCAAUACAAUGUGUGUAUCCUAUGAGUACUACAAGUCUGUUGGUGGCUACAAACUGCAGAAACUGGAACCUGGCAAUUAUUCUGUUGAGGUCCGUGCCACCUCCCUGGCCUUUACCACAAAUUUUACAGAGCCAAGAUACUUCUUUGUGUCUGAUUCUGAUGAUGAAUCUCAGUGGCCACCAGAAACGAUAAUUGCCGUCUCUGUAUCCGGAGUCCUAUUACUCAUCCUUAUUCUUGUCAUCGGCGUGUGGUUCCUUGCUCGGAACCGAUUUAAGAAAGUACCUGAUAGACCGGAUUUUACCUCCAUUAAUCCUGAUUAUGAGCAUUACAACCCAGAUGAAUGGGAAGUGGAGCGUGACAAGAUCCAACUGAUUCGUGAACUGGGUCAAGGGUCGUUUGGUAUGGUGUAUGAAGGUGUUGCCAGGGACCUGUAUGGAAAGGAAGAUGAAAUCAAAGUAGCUGUUAAGACAGUGAAUGUACAUGCCACUUACCGAGAAAGAAUGGAGUUCCUGAGUGAAGCUUCCAGGAUGAAGGCCUUUGCCUGUAACCAUGUGGUAAAGUUGCUUGGUGUGGUCUCCGAUGGUCAGCCCGCUCUACUUAUCAUGGAGUUAAUGGAAAAGGGGGACCUCAAGAAUUUUCUCCGGAUGCAUCGACCAGUGGAAGAGGACAUUGAUUCUACUUUUGCUGGGAUACAGGAAAAUAUAAGUCGGACACCUCCCACCAUAAAACGAAUUAUUCAAAUGGCAGGUGAAAUAGCAGAUGGCAUGGCUUACUUAGCGGAUAAAAAAUUUGUACACAGGGAUUUAGCAGCAAGAAAUUGUAUGGUUGCUGAUGACCUUACUGUUAAAAUUGCUGAUUUUGGCAUGACACGAGACAUAUAUGAGACAGAUUACUACAGGAAAGGUGGUAAAGCACUGUUACCGGUGAGAUGGAUGGCACCCGAGUCGCUAAAGGACGGGAUAUUUACCAGCCUCUCCGAUGUGUGGUCGUACGGAGUAGUCUUGUGGGAAAUGGCAACCCUAGCUGCCCAGCCCUAUCAGGGUUUGUCCAAUGAGGAAGUCCUACGAUAUGUGCUAAAUGGACGGGUCAUGGAGAAACCGGAAGACUGCCCUGACCGGCUAUUUGAAUUAAUGCAAAAGUGUUGGCGCUAUAGACCAAAACAGAGACCAACUUUCAAGGAGAUUUUAGAAGAGUUGGUACCGGAACUAGACCCAUCAUUUGCCCACAAGUCAUAUUUUUUCAGUGAGGAAAAUAAACAGGACUCAUUAGAAUACAUAGAAGAAGGUGAUGAGGAUUUGGAUGAGUCCAAAACACCAUUCAUUCAGAAUGAUAAUGAAUGUGAAGUGAAAGGGGCGGAAGGGGGCGUUGACCUCCGUGAGCUCCCAGACCAAGAAAUAGACGAUGAUAUAGACAUCGAGGAAGAAUUCUAUCCGUCAGACUUUCAGGAAACAAAGCGUUCGUAUCAGAAUGGGGAGUUAUUCCCAGAGCUGAGGAUUGAUAAUGUGAAUAAUGUGUUGUAUUCUCGUUCACAAGCAGACAAGCUGAUGUUGAAUGGCACGGAGCCUUGUGACUGCAUUCUAACACAGGAGACUAAUCCUGAUUCACAUCCGGAUCAUCGGUUUAGUUCUUGUUCCAAUCCUUAUAGUGCAAUAGGGUCAAGUGACGAUAGCAAAGACAGCUCAAAGAGUUCCAGUGGUAGUUACGCUCAAAUGAACGGCGUCCAUAUUGCGAACGGACAUAUUGCCAUGCAUAACUUAAAAACGACAAAAUGCUAGUGGUUCUUUUUCUCAUUUUUUCCCUCAUAGUCAUGUCUUAAAAUUGAUGUUAUUGUGAUCUCAUAUCUACCAUAUUUCAUCGUUUUCCAUCUAUUAUAUCAGUUUUCUGAAAUUUCUUUCCAAAUAUUUUGACUUGAUCUCGAGUCAAUUGUACAGGCUGGUUCUGCUUUCAUCAUCGACUCUGUCAAAAGAAGAAAACACUGAUUUUUUGUGAGAAAGGUUUUUGGACAUGGGUUGAGAUUUAUACACUGUUGAAUGUAUCAAUACAUUGUGCUCAGUUUCAGUUUCUGCCCUGGACCCUUGAUUACAGAUCUUAAGUAUGUGUUGAGAUUAAUUUUUUAAAAUGGUUUUUAUUUUACAGUUUGUUACAACAUAUACAUGGUGUUCUAUUAUGCAAAGAUUAGGAAAACGAAAUAUUCUUGACACAAUGCAAUUUUUAGGGCAAUGAAUUUUGAAAGGGUUUUCUUUUUGAACAGGUUGACAUUGUUGAAAAAUUAGCCCAGUAAGGUACACAUUUUCUAAAUUACGGUUAAUUUCACUCCUUGGUUCAGUGUGACAUUGAAUCUUUGAAUCAUGUGAACUUUCAAAGCCAUUGAGAGGAUUUUUUUUAAAUGUUUGUCAACUUGAGGUUGUAAUGCCGCAAUUUUUAUUUUUACAAAAAGUGGUUUAAUACAGAUGACAUUUUUUUGUUUGGGUUUUUUUUUUUUUGUUGUUGAUGGAUUUCGAAAAUAAUCCCUAUAAAAAUGUAAAUAGUAUUAGAUGAUACAAGAAAAACAGUGCUGUUGCAAGCUUGUAUAGAAAUGUGAUAAUAAUAAUUAUAGAGAGCUGUUUCGGAUACUCAGAAUGUUUUAUUUUAGUGUAAAAUUAAUUUUCCCCUAUUGUCUUUAGGCUCUGUCAGUCCAGCUUUGUGGUUUAGAUUUUUUUCAAACUAGUCUUAAUGUUAAACUGAUCAUGUAAUCCAAUGUAAAAAAAAAGAACAAAACCCAGUAAUGUAUACAUUCUAGUCGUAGUGGCAGUGAAACAGAGAGAGGAGAUUUCUGUGAAAGAAAUUAGCGAUUUUAAAAAUAAAAUUAAUUUCUCAGUUCGGUGAACACAUUCUUGAUAUUUAAGAUCUCUGUUAUUGAAAUCAAAAUGAUAUAGCCCCUUAGUAGUAGGUAGCGAGUGGUAUAUGUAACAUUGGAGUGUGAAACAUGACAAAUAAAAAUAGUCACGGUGACUCAGUCUGUGGUUUGCAGUACCUGUGUUGUGACAUAAGGUUUAAGUAGUAUACCUCAUCGUAGGUGGAAUUUUCAGUUUUGUGAACUAAAAGAAACUGAAGGAAGUCAUUCGAAGAUGACUCUGAUAAUAUUCUGUUUUAUUUUGUAGUGAUGAGCAUCUCCAAAAAAAUUAUAAAUAAUUCACGGAAACUUGUUUCGAAAAUUUAUGAGAAAAUCAUGGAAAAUUGCUAUGAAAAUUCCUGGGUAAUUUUUUACAGUGGUAGUCAGAUAUCGAUAACGCCAUGCAUUCUUUAUUGAGGUGCUGCAGCACACAGAUUUCACUGUUCAUGAGACAAGAGAUCUAUGUCCAUCUCGACUCAGUCUAAGAACACGGUCUGAUUUUGGACUAAGCAACAUUCCUUUAUUUCAUUGAUCACAAGUCCAAGUCUGUCAUUAUGUGUACAUGUGAGGUGUUGAAGUUUUGAUAAUGAUGGAAUGAAAACUGGGGUCAUGUUGUACUACAUAUGUAGAGAGAAAGCUCAUUUGUCUGAUUUGAAAAGUGAAUUCGUUUUGAUAAAAUGUUGGAUUUUUUCAUCCAUUUGCUUAUCAAAAAGUUAAAAAAAGAUUUAGUUUUAAGUCAAUGCUUUUUUAGCUUACCUGAGCUGAAAGCUCAAGUGAUGUUUUCUUAUCACCUGUUGGCUGUCUGUCUGUAAACUUUUCACAUUUUCGACUUCUUCUCCAGAACCACUGGGCCAAUUUCAACCAAACUUGGGUGAAGGGCUUUCUAGUUUGUUCAAAUGAGGGACCAUGCCCCCUUCAAAAGGAAGAUAAUCACAAAAGUGCAAAAAUAGGGUGGGUUCAUUUAAAAAUCUUUUCAAGAACCACUGAGCCAGAAGAGCAGAAAUUUACAUGAGAGCUUUCUGACAUAGUGUACAUUCAAGUUUUUAAAAAUCAUGACCCCUGGGGGUAGGAUGGGGCCACAAUAGGGGAUCAAAGUUUUACAUAAAAUAUAUCGGGGGGGGGGGGGGGGGGGGAAUCUUGAAAAAUCUUCUCCUCAAGAACCAUUGGGUUUGGAAAGUACAAAUUUACAUAAAAGCUUCCUGACAUAGUGCAGAUUCAAAUUUGUAAAAAUCAUGGCCCCCGGGGCUAGGAUGGGGCCCACAAUGUGGAAUCAAAGUUUUGCAUACAAAUAUAUAGAGAAAUUUUUAAAAAAUCUUCUCAAGAACCAUUGGGCCAAAGAAGUUGGCAUUUACAUGAAAGCUUUCUGACAUAAUGCAGACUCAAGUUUAUAAAAAAAAAAUCAUGGCCCCUGGGGGUUGGAUGGGGUCACAAUAGGGAUCAAAGUUUUACAUGAGAAUAUAUAGGGAAAAUCUUUAAAUAUGGGCCAAGGAUACUCAGGUGAGCAAUGUGGCCCAUGGGCCUCUUGUUUUAAUUUAAGAUCAACAAAAUGUUUCUGUUGAAAGUCAAAGUGAUUGGAUGGUUCAAUUGAAACUGUCUUGUGUUUACGAGGAUGGGUUGUGAAAAGCCAAGCAAAAAAAUUAUAAUUAUGGAUGUCUUAAAGUUUGUAUGAUACAGUGAUGUCUGCAUUAGAUUCAUCAAACUAAUUAUAUUGAAGUAACUUUCUCACAGGCAUUAAACCUCAAUUAAUUUUACAUAUCCAACAUGACGUCAGAAUACAAUUGACCAAAAUUCGUGACCGACAGUGUCGUGUAUGUUUAUGUUGUUGGUAAACAUUGACCAUUCUCUGGGUUUAUUUAUACCUCAGUCCAUUUUAUGCUUACCUCAUGGCGGGAUAGUGUUUUAGGGGGGUGGGUGGGGGUGGCACUGGAUCUGUAUCAGUUUUAGAUAUUGGUUUCAUUUAGAUUUUACAAAGAGAAUUUUAUAAAGUUACUGUCCUUUUUUAAAACGAAAAUGUGUAAAUUAUGUACUGCACAUUACAUCCAGUUGAAAUAUUUUUUGAGAUGAUUAUUAACCAGUUUGACUUUGGUUUUUUUAAAGAAUAUACAUUAUUUUUUAUGUGUGAUAUGAAUCAUUUAAAUAUAAUUCUUUAACCAUUUGGAUAAUUUUGAAUGAAAUAGCCUCUGCUAUAAGUCGGGUAUAGUCUUGUUCUGGACGAAUUUCGAACACCCACUCCCCCUUUUGUGACAGGUACACACAGGACAAUUAUAAUCAUUAGCUUUGACUUUAAUUAUGUAGAUGAAGGACCUUAUCAUGUGAUGAUCUUUAGAGACAGACUAUGUAUUAUUUUGUUUCUACCUCUUUAAUUAUUACGUAUAUUUAUUUUCAUCAUUGAAGUAAAAUGCAUUUCACAGGAAGUAGGUUGUUUCACAAUUCAAAUGAACAGAACAUUGGUCAUUUAACAAUAAAACUGUUUUAGAAAUUUUUUUUUUGUUGUUUUGAAAAGAUAGGUUGUUUAUUUAAUGAAGGCAUUCAGUGGGUUUUUUUUCUAGAGGGAACAAUUUUUGCUUGUUUCAAAUGCUGUUUUAAAUAACUAAAAUUUGUUUUCAGUAAUUUUCGAAAUUUGUUGUAUUGUUAGAAAUUCGCACUUUUAACGUAUUAAACAGAAAUUUUUUCAAUAAUUUGAAGUUAUAUAGAGCAGAGAAUAUACGUGAUAUGAAAUUUAUUUAUUGUAAAGAAUUUUUAAAGAUGAACUCAUUAUUUGGAACUAACUCUCUGUACCUCCUCCUUAUUAAACUUAAUGGGGAAACCAAAUACUAUUACACCAGGUUCAUAGUACACAAGGUUUUGUAUAUAACAAUAUGUACAUCAAUAUUUAAUAUUUUUAUUGAUACAGCAUCACUACAUGUUGGUAUGAUAUAUGUUUUAUAAUUUGUUUUCAUACAAUUUGAUGAGGAAUGUUUGUUAAAGAAAAAGAGUUUCAUUAGAAUACAAGAUGAGGUAUUGUCAUUAAGUGUUGGUGUAAAUGUCUAGGUGUGUUAACAUCAUCUACAGUAUAAAAGCCUGAUAAUAUGUAUGUUCUGUCAAGUUUUAGCUUUUUUGUUGGAAGAGAAUAAAAAUUCAAAUUUAUAAAGAUAUUUUUGAUAGGUAAUUUUUUCCUUGUUAAUUCAAAUGUCAAACUUAUUUCAUUUUGGAGGGAACUUUCAUCUUUUUUGGAGGUACAAACACAGUGUAACGUCUAUGAAUAUUUUUGGGAGCUAAUUAUUGUUGUUAAUGAUGAUGGUAAGUGAAAAUAUGGUAAGAGUGUGUCUUAAGACUUGUGAAGAACAGAACAGAUGUAUUGUACAUACAGAUGACUAUUUAUUACAGAGACCAGGUGACAGCUCUGAGGUUUGUGUUGUCUGUUCAUCAUUUGUCCAUUGUCAUUCAGAUGAUUCAAGUGGCAUUGUCAUUGGGCUGUACAUAGAACUGCAUUCAGUUUUUGUAGCUUUUGCCUACCAACCAAAGUACAAAAAUGAUUGUGUAAAUAAAAAGUGAGUCAUAAAAACUG